AUGAGCAAACAAUGGCGAAAUCCCAAGAACGAGUCGUACGAGUCGUACAGAAGACCCUCUUCCGGACAGCCGUCACAUGGGCAUGUGCCUUGGCGGCUUUGGAAGGGAGCGCAGUCCCCAUCUCAGCAUCGGCCCAGAGACGGCAGUGCUGCAGUGUUUCCGAGCUACACCCAGCUUCAACUGCAGCCGGAGCCUACGAGCGUUGGACCUACAAUGGCGGAUGGAAGCGAGGGGACACUGCAGAUCAUGCAACGAGCCCUUACGAAUGCGAAAAAGGCGGAGCAUCGAGUGCGACAAAUCAAUCAACAGCGAGAGAAAGCAGUGAAGCUCUGGGAGCAGUACAAGCUCACCCUGGAGCAGACGUACAUCAAAGAGCACAGGAGGCACCAGCAAGACCUUCAACGACUCCAGAAGGAAAUGGAAUCUGCCCUGGCCAAUCAGGAGCACGCGAGGGCCUCUGUUCGUGGAGCCUACCAUGGAGAGGCAGAGGUUCCUACCGAAGUGGACCCGCAAGCCAAGGAGGCCGCGGCAGAGUGGAUGGGCCUUCGUGGGAAAUGGGAAGAAGUUGCCAAGUGCGAAAUGGAUGGAGUCCUGCAGCGGGCUAUGUCGAUGGAUGUGAACAUGGCGACGGCCCCCCAAUCGGGGCCCGACUGUGGACCUGUUUCUGCCCCUGCACAGCAGCGACAUCUACGUCGAGAGAUGCUCACCCAGCUUUUCUCAGAGGAAGAAGUUCAAGCCAUCCUGCAGGCCACCCAGCCCAAGAUGUGGGCUCCUGGAUCUCCGUCCUUGCCUGGACAGGCCCCUUUUACGACAGGGCCAACUAUGCCAGGACCAUGCAAUGCCCCAAUGGCAGCGCCGUGUGGGAAAGGGACACAGCAGGGCAGCACAGGACCCUCUACCCUGCAGACCCAGCCAGCUGCUAUGAGGAUGGACCCAUACCCUCCUUCUCCGACGUUGGGAGGUCACCCCUCUUUCGAGAUUGCCUCACCUGCUGCGAUGCCCGACAGUGCCCUUCGAACAGCUAUGCACCAACAACUUGGCCAUGGAGGACCUGUUUUGGAACCGCUUCCAGUUCCGGAGUACACCAAAGUUACGUCGCCACGUCCGAGAGUCAACCCCUACGAGACUGGGCGAGCGGAGGACCUGAUUUCUGCCGCCGACCAAGCUGCACGCAACCAAGCGCUGCAGCAGAGAAUGGCUGCCACACGUGCCAGCCUUCAACCCUUUCGAGGUGCCGGACAAUCAUCCCAGGCGAGCCUAUCGGAUGCUACGACGACACAGGUUGGCCAAGCAAAACCAUGUGUCAUCAACGACGACGACGACUUAGAUGGACUGGAUAGAGUUACGGAGACAGAGAAGCUUGCUUUCUCCUUUGAGGGUCCACCCAGUGUGAGCGCUGUGCCUUCUGGCUUCUGGAGCCCGUCUGUUGCUUUGCCUUUCUCCACUUCGCAGGACUGUCCGAACAGCAACUGCAAGCGCGUGCAGACAUGCUCUGACACUGCUCUGUACGAGAGGUCACAAUCAGAUUGGUAUCCCAUCCUUACUUUUCUGCUGCAAGCGGGGCCGUGCAAUUUUGCAGCCUUUUGCUCCUUUGAGAGCUGCCGGAAUGCAAUCCAAGCCCUCCCACCGGCAAAUACUUCUUUGCUUCUGCGUGGCAUCUGCUGCCAGCGCACCAGCCCGAGUGCCACCUGGCACAAACUGUGGGCGGUGCUCCUCUUGGCCCUUCCGGAUCUUAUUUGGAGCACACCACCUGGACUUCCGGAGCUUGAAGACGCGGGAGAGCGAGCUGCAGCUCUGAACAGAGUUCGGGAAUUCCCGCCAAUGCCGGAUCCUAUGGCCGAUGCACCAGGAUACCAGCCAGAGCCACUGAGGUUCCCACUAGGCAUCCCAUGUGACGUCGAAGACCUGCUUGAUGAAGUAGGCCGGCGUGUCGUGCACACCAAGCUUGCAUUUGCCGACCGAUUCGUUGCGGUGCGGCCCCAGCCACUCCCGCAAGUCGCCACUGUUCUUGUCGCACCGGAUUGGACAGCCUAUGGGUCAGUUGUUGCGGUUUGUCUUGACUUGAGGGACACCGUCCCAGGAAGCACAGGUCCUGUCACCUCUGCUUAUGUGACCAGGACAUCGUGUAAGAGCGAGAUUUGCCGCCAAGCUGGGAUCUACGGAGCUAGACCUUGUAAGGUGUACAUAGGUACAGAGCCCGAGCCCCUCGAGGAGGAUGAGAGCAUCUUCCUUAAUACAGGUUGUUUGAUAACGCUCGUUUGUCGCGAUGUAUGCCCCUUCUAUGCGAACGACCUGGCCUACAGAUUGCAAUUGCCAGACACGUGGCCAGAUCCUCCUCUUGAGCCGCCGAGCCAACCCAAACCCGCUCUCCUUCUCUUGCAUCACUCCGGGAGGUUUUUGUUCCGUCCACAAGCUAGCCAGCUGCCCAUAGACGAGGCCGCCGUGAGGUUUGUAGGCAUACAGCGAUCUCAGGCAGACCUGCAUGUGCCAGCAGGUGAAGGCUGCAGUCACCUGCAGCAUCUCGGGGUUAGCGUUAGAGGGGUCAUUGCUGUGGUUGACCGCAACCUGCUGCCGCCCGAUCAGCCUCAAUACCUUGUUUUCCUUGACUUGCGGCAACUUGCGCAUGGUGUACGUUUCCUAGUUUUGACCCGCCCGUAUAUCAUGCGAGACGAACUUCGAAGGCUUGCAAAUCGUCAGCCACCCCCAGCAUGGCGCCUCCGCGUCCUCGGUGGGCGCAUGCGGCGUACAAAACUAGAGUUCCAAGAAAACGAGACCCUAGUUUUUGGCUUCGAGUACCACAUGGACUCUGACGAGUCCGAAGAGUCAUUCUCACCAACAACAGACGAAGAGGACUCGGACCAAGAAGAAGAUGAGUCUUCUGAUAGCUCUGCUGGAGACGAGGCCUUGUCACAGGCCACCACCAGGCAUGCCACUGCGACUCUGGGUGGUGACUGGCCACUCACUCCGAUAGAGAUCAUACAAGAGCAACCUCAGCCAGCGGAUUCCCCGCCCACUUCAGAGGAAGAAGAGGAUGUUGCCUUCAAGUGGGUUGCAGUAGCUGUUCUGAAAGUCGGUUUUGCCCCUGAAUUCUUGACGGUAGUCCUAGGUUUUCCAGGUACAGAUCGAGAACUGUGCCAGGCAGUCCAGGCGGCGCGUCAUCCGGAGGAUGCCCGACUGUUCCCACAUCUCUUCACAGCACUCCCCCAACCAGCUGUAGGCUGCUUUGUUCUUGUGGCCAACCCUGCAUGGCACCCGCAGGCUGUGACUGUCUGCGUCAACACCCAGCAAGUUGAUGGAAGACUUUUUGCAGCAAAUUCCAUGCACUAUGCCACCAGGACACAGCUUCUGCAUCUCGCCGGUUUCACUGCAGCGUCGGAUCUUCAGGUCCGUGCCGGUGACAGUCCCGACACAAUUGCUGCUGAGGGAUCUGACAACCUCUUUCCCGGUGUCACCGUCAGCAUCUUCCCCCCAGAUGUGACUCUUACACAGGUGCCUGAACUUGAAGACCUCCUUACCACGGGAGCUCACCUACAAUCAGAACGUGUUCUUCACACCAAUGUUAGCGAUGCUUACUGUGUGGUCUGGCAAGACAGGCAUCUCAUUUACGAGAUUGACCCGCGACAUCCUAUGCGCUACAGACAGGACCUUGCUGCCCAGCUAGGUGUUGAUCAGAGCCAGCUUGUCCUUGUGCCUGCCGCCCCCCGUGCAACGGACGUUGAAAUUCAAGGCAGACAGUGCAGAACUGUGCUAGCUGCCUUCCUGAGGUCGGAUUUUGAGGGCGAACCCCUUGCAGUCGGUGCUAUAGUUGAUUGUAGGCAGCUUCUCAGCGGAUGGUGGGGACGUAUUUGCCCACGAGGUCUCCUUGACAUAGGCACACUUGUCACUCGGCUUGAUGCAGAGGCCCCUCUGCUGUGGAGGACACAUGUCGAUGGUGCCCCUGAGCGCUUUGGCCAUUUUCAGGUAGAUCCAGGUCAGCUUUUGAAAGCAGAGUACAUACCGGCAGACCCCCAACAGCCUUUGCCUUCCGAGCAACACCACACCGGUGCUGAGGUAGGCGGUGAAUGCGGUGAACAAGCCCAAAAUGUGCCUGUUGAUUUAGAAGCUGACAGCUGGGUGCCAGAUUUGCCAGCUGAUGUUUUCACAGCGGACUUUUUUGUAUACGCCCAAGAUUUCAGGCCGGAGAGGGUCCGUGUUACCCUCGAGGCCCCGGGUUCCCUCUACCACGCGCACCAGGCUGUCAAUGCAGGACGAGACAAUGCCAGCAGGAGACGCGCACCGAGACUACUCGAGGUCUUUCCCCAACCUGAUCCAGAAUUUGGUUUGCUGAUUGCUGUCCCGAGCUGGUCUUUGCCGCGUGUUCCGGCCCUCUUCGAUGCUCGGUUAGUAGGAGGCGGCAUCUUUUGCUGUCUCUCCGAGCCACAAACAACUCGAGCGGCACUUCUGCGACUUGCGCAAGUAUCUUCUGACGCUGUGCGCAUUUUUGUUCAAGACCAGCCUUGGCCUUUAGAAGAUGACCUGCCGGUUAUCCUCUCAGAAGGUGCGCUUGUCACGAUUGCCAGCACGACCGUUGUCACGAUUCAGCGUGCCACCCUCCCCGAUAUGCUGCUAUCUCAUGACCGAUGGGCCGGUCAAGAGCAUGUUCCUGCAGACGCGCCCCUCAGCUUGAUUGUGUCACCUGCAGGGCCUGCACCCUUUCAGCUCCCCCUCAUUGAUGUGCACCAAACUGCUGCUGACCUGUUACUCGCGAACCCGAGCCGGGUCCGCACUCAAUUGGUGACAGCACCAAUAUCCGGAUACUGUUUCAAGGGGCAUCAUGUCCAGGAAGUCACUCUCGCAAUUGCUGAGAACCGACGGCCCGAUAUGCAUGACCCAGAGCUGCGAUCUGGCUACACCUUGUAG